CGGGGUACUUGGAAGCCUCGCGGGGAUGCUUUAGCCCCCGCAGGGGUCUCUGCCCCCCGGCUCCUGACGCCCUCCCCGCCGCCCGCAGGUGCCUCUCGUCCUCCCCGCGGUGCCAUGGAGCAGCUGAAGUGACCCGCGGAGCCGUCAGAGCCGUGCCAGGAUGGGCUGCGUGUACUGCAAGGAGAAGGUGGCCGGCAAGGGGCAGGCGGGGAGCGGCGCGGGGCCCUCGUCGGCCCCCACCCUGCAGUACGACCCCGACCCCGCGCAGCUCGGCGGCGCCUUCACCCACAUCCCCGACUUCAACAACUUCCACGGCACCGCCGUGCCCAGCCCCGCGCCCUUCGCGGGGCCGGGCUUUUACCCCUCCAACACGCUGCAGGCGCACGGCAGCGGCAUCACAGGUGGGGGCGUGACGCUUUUCAUCGCCCUGUACGACUACGAGGCCAGGACGGAGGAUGACCUGAGCUUUCAGAAAGGGGAGAAGUUCCACAUCAUCAACAACACCGAGGGUGACUGGUGGGAGGCCAGGUCGCUGAGCUCGGGCGACACGGGCUACAUCCCCAGCAACUACGUGGCCCCCGUGGACUCCAUCCAGGCAGAGGAGUGGUACUUCGGGAAGAUCGGGCGCAAGGAUGCAGAGCGGCAGCUCCUGUGCCACGGCAACUGCAGGGGCACCUUCCUCAUCCGGGAGAGCGAGACGACGAAAGGCGCCUACUCCCUCUCCAUCCGGGACUGGGACGAGGCCAAGGGCGACCACGUGAAGCACUAUAAGAUCCGAAAGCUGGACAGCGGGGGGUACUACAUCACCACGCGGGCCCAGUUCGACACCGUGCAGCAGCUGGUCCAGCACUAUAUAGAGCGGGCGGCCGGGCUGUGCUGCCGCCUGGCCGUGCCGUGCCCCAAGGGGACCCCCAAGCUGGCCGACCUGUCGGUCAAAACCAAAGACGUGUGGGAGAUCCCCCGCGAGUCCCUCCAGCUCCUCAAGAAGCUGGGCAACGGGCAGUUCGGGGAAGUGUGGAUGGGCACGUGGAACGGCACCACCAAGGUGGCGGUGAAGACGCUGAAGCCAGGCACCAUGUCCCCCGAGGCCUUCCUGGAGGAGGCUCAGAUCAUGAAGCGGCUGCGGCACGACAAGCUGGUGCAGCUCUACGCCGUGGUGUCGGAGGAGCCCAUCUACAUCGUCACCGAGUUCAUGAGCCAAGGCAGCCUGCUGGACUUCCUAAAGGAUGGGGACGGCCGCUACCUGAAGCUGCCCCAGCUGGUGGACAUGGCUGCCCAGAUCGCCGCGGGCAUGGCCUACAUCGAGCGGAUGAACUACAUCCACCGGGACCUGCGCGCUGCCAACAUCCUGGUGGGGGACAACCUGGUGUGCAAGAUCGCUGACUUCGGCCUCGCCCGCCUCAUCGAGGACAACGAGUACACGGCGCGCCAGGGUAACCCCCCCUGCCCCCACCCGCGUCCCAAAGCUUUGGGCACCCCUGCCCUGUCCCUGCUGGGCUGG